CUGUGGGAUCUGCUGGGGCUUCCUGUGGGAUCUGCUGGAGGUUCCUGUGGGACCUGAUGGGGGUUCCUGUGGGAUCUGCUGAGGGUUCUUGUGGGAUCUGCUGAGGGUUCCUAUGGGAUCUGCUGGAGCUUCCUGUGGGAUCUCCUGGAUGUUCUCACGGGACCUGCUGGGUGUUCCCGUGGGGUCUGCUGGGUGUUGUCAUGGGUUCUUCUGGAUGUUCCUCUGGGAUUUGGUGGAUGCUUCCCAUGGGAUCUGUUGGAUGUUCCUGUGAGAACUUCUGGAGCUUUCCAUGGAAUUUGGUGGAUUCCCAUGGGAUCUGCUGGAGGUUCCUGUGGAAUCUGCUGGAGGUUCCUGUGGGAUCUGGUAGGUGUUCCUGUGAGAUCUUCUGGAGCUUUCCAUGGAAUUUGGUGGAGGUUCCCAUGGGAUCUGCUGGAGGUUCCCAUGGGAUUUGGUGGAUGCUUCCCAUGAGAUCUUUGGGAUGCUCCCGUGAGAUCUUCUGGAUGUUCCUGUGGGAUGUUCUGGAUGUUUACAUGGAAUUUGGUGGAUUCCCAUGGGAUCUGCUGGAGGUUCCUGUGGGAUCUGCUGGAGGUUCCCAUGGGAUCUGCUGGAGGUUCCUGUGGGAUCUGGUAGAUGUUCCUGUGAGAACUUCUGGAGCUUUCCAUGGAAUUUGGUGGAUGCUUCCCAUGAGAUCUUCGGGAUGUUCGUGCGUGAUCUGGUGGGUGUUCCCAUGGGAUCUGUUGGAGGCUCCUCUGAGAUCUGCUGGAUGCUUCCCCUGGGAUCUAUUGGAUGUUCCUGCGAGAUCUUCUGGAGGUUUCCAUGGAAUUUGGUGGAUGCUUCCUGUGGGAUCUUCUGGAGGUUCCUGUGGGAUCUUCUGGAGGUUUCCAUGGAAUCUGGUGGAUGCUUCCUGUGGGAUCUUCUGGAGGUUCCUGUGGAAUCUGGUGGAUGCUUCCCGUGGGAUCUUCUGGAGGUUCCUGUGGGAUCUGCUGGAGGUUCCUGUGGGAUCUGCUGGAUGCUCCUGUGGGAUCUCAGGACAUUCCCCUGGGAUCUGGUGGCCCUGGCUCCCUCCUGGACACUUCUCCUGUUGCUUUUCUCCUCUGAGCACUCUUAACUGUCCCAGCCCUCCCCAUCAAGCAGCUCCCUGGAAUUCCCACCAACCCCCCCACGUCCCUGUGGGAUCUCCUUGGGGUUCCCCGAGUUCCUUUUGGGGUUUCCUGGCAGAAUUUGGGGUUCCCGAGAACCUUUUGGGGUUACCUGAGAUCCUCUUGUGGUUUCCUGAGAGUCCUUUGGGGUUUCUCGAGAGCUUUUUGGGGUUCCCUGAGAUCUUCUGGGGUCUCCUGAGAACAUUUUGGGGUCUCCUGAGGACAUUUUGGGUUUCCUGAGAACUUUCUGGGGUCUCCUGAGAACUUUUUGGGGCUUCCUGAGAUCCUUUUGGGGUCCCUGAGAUCCUUUUGAGGUUCCCUGAGAGCUUUUUGGGGUUCCCUGAGAUCUUUUGGGGUCUCCUGAGAACAUUUUGGGGUCUCCUGAGAACAUUUUGGGUUUCCUGUGAACUUUCUGGGGUCUCCUGAGAACUUUUUGGGGUUUCCUGAGAUCCUUUUGUGGUCUCCUGAGAGUCCUUUGGGGUUUCUCGAGAGCUUUUUUGGGAUCUCCUGAGAUCCCUUUGGGGUCCCUGAGAUCCUUUUGAGGUUCCCUGAGAGCUUUUUGGGGUUCCCUGAGAUCUUUUGAGGUUCCCUGAGAGCUUUUUGGGGUUCCCUGAGAUCUUUUGUGGUCUCCUGAGAACAUUUUGGGUUUUCUGAGAGCUUUCUGGGUUCUCCUGAGGACUUUUUGGGGUUUCCUGAGAACUUUUGGGGUUUCCUGAGAUCCUUUUGGUUUUCCACCUAAAUAUUCCCCUUAAAUUCAUCAUUUUUGGGAAUUUCCGAGCCCCUCCCCUUGAGAAAUUCACAUUUUUUUUCGCCGCAAUUCAAUUUCAUUUAACCAAUUUUUUGGUGCUUCCACUUAAAUAUUUCCCUUAAAUUCCACAUUUUUGUGAAUUUCAGAACCCCCUUCAAUGAAUUCACAUUUCAGCCACAAUUCAUGUCUAAUUUUACAAAUUUUUUUGUUUUUCCACUUAAAUAUUCCCCUUGAAUUCAGCAUUUUUAUGAAUUUCAGAGCCCCCCUUGAGGAGUUAACUUUUCACCCACAAUUCACAUCUAAUUUAAAUAAUUUUUUUCAUUUUUCUACUUAAAAUUCCCCUAAAUUCCACAUUUUUAUGAAUUUCAGAACGCCCCCUUGAGGAAUUAACUUUUCAGCCAAAAUUCAAUCUAAUUUAACCUUUUGUUUUUAUUUUUCCACUUAAAUAUUCCCCUUAAAUUCCACAUUUUUGUGAGUUUCAGAACCCCCUUUAAUGAAUUCACUUUUCAGCCACAAUUCAUGUCUAAUUUUACCAAAUUUUUUGUUUUUCCACCUAAAUAUUCCCCUUGAAUUCAGCAUUUUUAUGAAUUUCAGAGCCCCCCCCUUGAGGAAUUCACUUUUCACCCACAAUUCACAUCUAAUUUAAAUAAUUUUUCAUUUUUCCACUUAAAAUUUCCCUUAUAUUCCACAUUUUUAUGAAUUUCAGAACGCCCCCUUGAGGAAUUCACUUUUCAGCCAAAAUUCAAUCUAAUUUAACCUUUUGUUUUUAUUUUUCCACUUAAAUAUUCCCCUUAAAUUCCAGAUUUUUGUGAAUUUCAGAACCCCCUUUAAAGAAUUCACAUUUCAGCCACAAUUCAUGUCAAAUUUUACCAAAUUUUUUGUUUUUCCACUUAAAUAUUCCCCUUGAAUUCCACAUUUUUAUGAAUUUCAGAGCCCCCCUUGAAUUCACCAUUUUCAGCCAAAAUUCAAUCUAAUUUAAACAUUCUUUUCAUUUUUCCACUUGGAUAUUUCCCUUAAAUACAGAAUUUUUGUGAAUUUCAGAGCCCCCCCUUGAGAAAUUCACUUUUCAGCCACAAUUCACAUCUAAUUUUACCUUUUUUUUAUGUUUUUCCCACUUGAAUAUUCCCCUUAAAUUCAGCGUUUUUUCAGGAAAAAGGAACCCAUUGUUAAACCAUUAUUUGUGGAUAUGGUAGGGGAAAAAAAUAAAUUGUAAAAUAUUGAAGAGAAGCUUUGUAUUCACAGAAUUUGGGAAAAUAAAAACGAAAAGUGAAAAGUGAAAAGUGAAAAAUGAAAAGUGAAAAGUGAAAAAUGAAAAGUGAAAAGUGAAAAAUGGGGGUUGGAGGAAUUUGAGGGGACCUCUGGAUUUUGGGGGGCAGGGGGGGACUCGAGGAGAGG